AUGUACUUGACAGGUACUAGGCCAGAUCUCAUGUAUGUGAUAAGUCUAAUCAGCAGGUUUAUGGGAAGUCCGACUGAGCUACACAUGCAAGCAGUUAAAAGAGUCCUCAAGUAUCUCAAAGGCACUGUUGAUUUGGGGAUUCUGUACAAACGAAAUGGGAACGAGCAGCUUGAGGCAUACACGGAUAGUGACUAUGCAGGUGAUCUAGAUGACCAGAGGAGCACAUCUGGAUAUGUGUUUCUGCUUAGCACCGGUGCAGUUUCAUGGUCUUCUAAGAAGCAACCUGUAGUUACCUUAUCUACCACCGAAGCUGAGUUUAUAGCUGCAGCCUCCUGUGUUUGUCAAGGAAUUUGGAUGCGCAGAGUUCUUGAAAAGCUUGUCCAUGCUCAUAAUGGAAGCACAACCAUGUAUUGUGAUAACAGCUCCACUAUAAAACUUUCAAAGAACCCGGUGCUGCAUGGAAGAAGCAAACAUAUUGACGUACGUUUCCAUUUCCUUCGUGACCUUACCAAAGAUGGAACAGUGGAGCUGGUCCAUUACAACUCACAUAAUCAAAUAGCAGACAUCAUGACAAAGCCACUGAAGCUUGAAGUGUUUAAGAAGCUUCGUGAGCUACUUGGGAUGUGCACGGUAACAGGUAUAAACUGA